AUGGACGUAGUGGUCCUCUUGUGUUCGGCUGCUGCAGUCUUGGCAGGCGGCUUUCUUUGGGUUUGGAGCGCCUUAGCAAGGAAGACCAGGCACCAGACAGGCCGGCUAAAAGCCAAGCGCCGAACUCUCCUCGUCAUCGCGCACCCAGACGACGAAGCCAUGUUCUUUGCUCCCACGGUGCUGGGCUUGGCCGGCCUGGGGCACCGGAUGUUCCUGCUCUGCCUCACCACAGGAAAUUACUACAACCAAGGAGACAUUCGGAAGAAAGAACUUUUGCAAAGCUGUGAUGUUUUGGGCAUUCCAUCCUCCAAUGUCAAGAUUAUUGACAACAGAGCUUUCCCAGAUGACCCAGGAGUGCAGUGGGACACAGAGCAUGUGGCCAGCACCCUCCUCAGGCACAUAGAAGCUAAUGGCAUCAACCUGGUGGUGACUUUCGAUGCCAGGGGAGUAAGUGGUCAUGUCAAUCACAUUGCUCUUCACGUGGCCAUGAGGACCCUACACUCAGAAGGGAAGUUACCUAAAGGAUGUUCUGUGCUCCUGCUUCAGACUGUGAAUGUGGUACGCAAGUACAUCUCCCUCCUUGAUCUGCCCAUCUCUUGGCUUCAGACCCCAAAUGUCCUCUUUGUGCUUAGUAACAAAGAGGUAGCACAGGCCAAGAGAGCCAUGUCCUGCCACCGCAGCCAGCUCCUCUGGUUCCGCCACCUCUAUAUUUUCUUCUCCCGGUAUAUGAGAAUCAACUCACUACACUUCUUCUGAAGGCUCGAAGCGAUCUGAGCUCCAAGCACAAAGAGGAAAAGGACCAGGAAUCCUGGGGAUCUGCUUUUAUCUCCCAGAGUAAAAGGAGAACACAGCCUAGCAGGCCCUCCCUGAGGGCUGCUCUGUUCAAUCCUUAUCUACUGGGAACUACACAGGCAGCAGACUGUCCAAACUACCUCUGGAAAAAAAUAAUAGCAACUCUGCUUGCUUGUCAAGAUCUUGUGAAAAAAAAAAAAUUAUAUAAAUACCCAGUGUAUGGCAGACACCUAGUACAGAGCCUGACACAUUGUUAGCACUUAAUAACCCACUGCCAUUCAGACUCAUAGCAACCCUGUCACUUAAGAGCAGCUUUGAUUAUAGAUGAGUGGAGAAAGUGUCAGAAAACACUGUACAGCUGUGACUUAGUGUUGUUACAGUAUUUGCAGAGGCUAGGGCUCAUCCCCCACCACCUCCACCCACACACACAUGUGUACACUGAAUUAGUUAUCCAUAAUUUUUUCUCUUGUAAAAUUAAUUAUUCUAUUGAGGCCUCUUACAGAUGUUAUAACAAUCCAUAAUUUAAUUGUAUCAAGCACACUUGUACACAUGUU